AUGGGGAGCAACGGAAAUCCCCAGCCGUAUCAGCAACUGUUUAAUGUGUCAAUUAGUGAUGAAAUCGAUUCGUUUCAAGCUAAAGUAUACAACCAGCAAGUCCUUCUGGUAAGACAACAGCGAUCGUUACAUUGUUUCCGGCUGGAACCGAACACGAACGAAUGGAAGCUGUUAUGGUCUCGUGAAAAGUUUUUUGACGGAAAGCAGCGCGCGUUCUUUGUGGAUGAAUCAGGUUGGAUGUUGGUGAAAAAUCGUGAUGGAUUGCAGUUUUACCGCAUGGCAGGCAACGAUCUUACAUUGCAUCACUACUGUUCUGACGGAAGGUAUCGCGAUAUGUACGGGUGGAAUGAUUCCAGCACAGUUUUUCUGAUGGGUCACAUUUAUGCGGAUGUUACUGCCAUCGGAAUACUAACGCGAAACAAACGUGGAGCUAUAAAAUUCGAGCAGAUGGUGGAAAGUGUUGUGCUUAAAGGUGGAGCUCAACCAUUGUGGCAGCUGUAUGAUUCGAGUCUACCGGAUACAUGGAAACUCAAUGCAACAUGGCUAGGUUUGGCAAGUACUCGCGGCACCCGUCAGGUCGCCAUCGUUGAACGAUCAUCAAGCGCGAUAAUUGUGUAUAAGCUGGACAAAAACUAUCUUCCGCAAACUGUGGGCCGUGCCGAAAAUGUGCCAUUCACAUCUGAUAGUGACGAACGCAUCUUGUUUGGAAAUAUUCUCAACAACAACGACUUCAGUGACAUGUUACAUCUUAACGCGAGUGGAAUGUUUCUGUACAUGCAAAAAAAUGCAAUCUACCAGCUAGUGACGCAAAGUACGCCAAUGCUCACUAAUGGCUGGGAAAAGAAACAUUGGAACGGUGCCAGCCUGAUCGAUGCUGAUGGUGAUGGGAGGGAUGAACUUUGGCUGUCUGGUCCGCAAGGUAUCGUAAGCUUCAAAAUAUCAAAAGCAGGAUUUGAAUGUAUCUCCUCCGGUUCUGAAUACCAUGAAGACGUACGUUAUGCAAGAAUGGUCCAAAUAAUUCCUAGCGCAGAUAAAGCCAGAGCAAUUGCCAUCAGUGGAAGGCAAAUUAUUUCGUUUCCCCUUGCCAUAUCAAAAACUUCCACAUGUGCAAUUAAAGAAAACGAUAUAAAUGUUCAACCUGCACCAACCAGUACGCAUCCUCAAUCCAUUUUUGCGCUCAACACACAGAACGGACCACUAGCGCAUGCCGCGCUUGGAGAGCAAAUCGACACAUCCUUGCUGUUCGAACCGAUUAAUCCAAUGAACGGUAACCUAGCAUUCGGCAUACCUUUGCUCGUAGUUGGCAGAUUGUUCACCCUGUCCACUGUUAAGUUUAUCACCUAUCAAGAAUCUUCCAACAUAUCGGGUACGAUGGGCAUUGGCUGGUCGCUUCAAAUAGAUUGUGUGUUUAUCGAUCGGAGGGACAGUAUUUUUCCGGAAGAGCAUCGCUACUAUUUGAUCAAGGACGGGUCAUCCUUUUUACUGAAGCAUAACAAAACUGCGGAUAAUUCUGCAAACGAUCAAAUUGCAACUUUUACCAUUGAAUCUAACGACAGGAUGACCGUCACAUUUAACCGUGCCCUAAACCAAUGGUUAAUUGAAGAUGGUAAUGGAGAAAGCUUCAUCUACGGAACAUAUGGCGAGAAGAGCUUCGUGAAAAUGGAUGCUGGAGCUGAAGAUUGGCCUUUUGCGAUCCAACGUAGUGAUAUGCGUACACAAUAUCCAUCAGUGUGGUACCUGAUAAGACACUUCGAUCGUGCCGAUCAGUGGCUGGAAUAUUCUUACGUAAAGGAACCCAAAGCGGAGGAUUAUCAGCUGGAUUCGAUUAAAACCAGCAACGGGGCUUCGUUGAUACUCUCCUAUUCUAAUCUGUUCAAUAAGAUGCUUCUGACGGGCUUCACUAUCCGCACCUUGAGCUACGUGCAAUCGGCAACUCUGCAUUACAUAGAGCAGUAUGACAAUGCACUUUUAAAGCGUAUAUCCCAGCAAAACAACGACGUACUAGAAUUUAGCUACGACGGACCGGGUGGUGCGAUGAGUGAAAUUAUUUACCCCAAUGGUUUGAUUGCUAAGUUUGACUACACUUUGCUGGAAAUUGGUCGUGAUGUGCUAAUGAACCACUUCGCCACAUACUCUCAUCCUCGUACAGCUUAUGGCCCUGGGUAUCUUUUGAUUGCGGACAUCACUAACCAAGCCCAGGUACGCUUACGCAUAACCGAUGCUCUCGGUUCGGACACCGUUGCGUUGGCAGGUUCAUCUCUUCCUAUGCUGGGCAAACUUCCAGUUGUCGACUACGAGAUAUUCACUGGGGAGUCUUUCUUCGCCGUACUGCUUCACCAUGAAGAAGCGCAAUCUGAGCUAUGUUUAUUUCAAACACGAGCGGACAUAUGGCAAGCCAUUCCUACAUAUAUAAAGCUGCCGAAGAACACAUCUAUUUACAGUGGCCACAACUUUCUUCUUGCUGUACAACAGCACCGCGUAACAGUUAUCGAUCAGCAAAAUGGCAAAUGGAAAUCAUUGAAACCGUUCGUCUUUGAGCAAUCUGCACUAAAGCAUUACUUUUCACACGGUUUCCUCGCCUACGAUGAUCGACAGCUUCAGAUAUUUGUACGCCGUGAUGGCCAAUGGGCAUCGAGCGUGCUAUCAUUUCCUGCGGAUUUGCUAGCAAACAGUACCGGCGUGUUUGAUCGUUUUGACCAUCCAGAGGAAGUAAUGCGUAACUUGCAGCAAGGUAUAAAGCUCGAUGCACUGAGAAUGUUCCAUAACGUACUGGUUUUUCGUUCGCUACAUCUCGACGGUUUUAAGCUUUACGCCAGACUGCAUCUUUUACACAUGAAUUGGAAACAUGAAAUAAGCCGUCAGACGGUUGUUAACAUACUCAUUGAAGAUCUUGCCACGUACACCUUUAACCCGCCCGAGGCAGAUGGCAAUGUGUUCGUGUUUGGUUAUCGUUUGGAGAAUGGCAAAUUCCGACUCAAAGUGGUUAACCAUCGGGGGAAAAUCAUUGACGAAGUGGAAAAGAUUAAGGAGCAAAUUGAACAGGACAUCCGCGAGCAUCCUAACGCACCGGAAGCGGAGAAACAACGCUAUAGGCAAGAAUCGCACACCAAAAUCAACGAUGAGCUGGAGGAUUUGUAUCGCAACAUCACUGCGCAAAUUCCGUUCGCCAUCGAUCCCUCGAAAUUCGGUGUGAUUGUGAACGAUGCACACAUCAUUGCUGCCAGCCACAAGGUGUUGUUCGAUGGUAUCGAUUGGACUACACAAAGAAUUCCUCAGGAAGAGUUGACGCUAGACAGAAUGACGAUCAACUUAGGCCCAUUGUACCAGUUAGUGAAGGCGCAUCGUAAUGCAACGUUUGAUUUGAUCGGUCCAAACAAUGCUACCGUGUUCAACACUGAUACCAACAAUGCCACGGAGUUGCACAUCAGAUAUCCUGCCUUUAUGGCGGUGCAAACGAAUGACUCUGCCGUGCAGUUGUUUAAUUUCCACCGAAGCGAGUUAACGAGUCUUCCUGCGGGCGAACUGCUCGACACAAACAGCAAUUCAAUGGCCAUCAUCAGCACCACCAGUGACGGGAAGAAUGUGUAUGUACGGUCGAUGGAUUCGUUUGGAAUCACGCGGAAAAAUGUGGUCUGGCGUCACGAGUUUGUUGACAGCAGGAAGCGGAAACUAACCAACUACUACGAAUUCAACGCACAAACUGCGAAACCUUACGAGGGCCAAUUUCUGAUGUGCGAUGUAAAAAUUAUUCCCGCCAGCAUGGAAGGACGUUAUGGAUGGUACAAGGUGCAUUAUAACUUUGCCAACAGUACGCUGAGCACGAAAUCGGUUUACAAUGCCGCUGGUGAGUUUGUCAAACUAGUCGAUCCGGCGGACGGAAAUGCCGCCAAAACGUUCGAUCCCGACGGUGUGUUAACGGCACGCGAUGGAAAAACAAUUGUGGCCGAUUUCCGCCCAUUUCGUAUGUCAGAGCAAAUGGUGUCCUAUUACGGGUUUGAGCCUUACGAGCAGAACUUAGUCGGGAAUGGAGGGCGUUGGAACUGGACGGGCGGUGUGAUACGCCAGGAAAAUGGAAACCAUUUUUUGCACCUCACCCAGAUGAAGUUCGUCAGUGCCACGUUUGAACCGAAGACAUCGUUCGAUUCGUUGAUCAUUUCAUGCUGGCUAAGGGGACCUAUAGGUCAGCAAGACAUCGGAAGCACACUUACAGUUCAGUACAAUGGAAAAAUAGUAAACGGAUCGGCUGCAUUUUCCACCAAUGGCUGGACGUACGUUGAAGUUGUGGUUGAGAAUUCCAAUCGAUUUGACGUGAAAAUUUCACCCAAAACCAAUUCCUUCUUAGACGUUGAUCAUUUGAGAGUUUUCCCAGCCCAGCUGGAACUGAAUGUUCACAUUUACGACACAACGUUAGCAAAGGAACGAUCGACGCUGCACGCCUCUGGACUGUUAUCACAUCGACUUUACGACACCUUGGGCAAUGAAAUGGGCCGCAUUAAUGAACAUGGUUCGAUCGAGCAUUUAUCUAUUUUCUCAAGAGGCAAAAAUUCACGAAUCGAAAUGCUGCCUGCGGUGGGAGAAAUCCUGGAACCAGCAGAGCAGAACACUUACUACGGUCACUUCCGACACGUUCCCGAUACAGCUGUCCUACGAUUUCGAUAUGCAGGAACUUCGCAACCUGGUGACAUACGCAUAGAAAUGUGUGCUCUGCCAUUUCGUAUCGAGCUAUUCGAUGAUCAGGCAACGUUGAUAGAACGCUCUCAAAGGACCGUCAUACCUCGCGAGGGCGAUAUGGUGAUCUUUUGUAGCAACACACAUUACACCAUUUGGGUCGAUGGUCAGAUGAAGAUGGAGAAUUUUGCCAAUCGGGCACGUUUUGAGCAAUACGAACUCAGAGGCAAAAAUACACACAUUUGGGAUGCAAUGUUGCUUUACGAUGUAAGUGUGAAGGUAAUCUAUUUGACUGAUUUUGGCAUGCCGAAGCAAAUACUGGAGCUGAAGGAAUCCAACUCCAUUGCCUUGCAGGAAAUCGUGUACGAUGAGCUAAAUCGACCCGCCAUCAAAACUAAGUGGUCCGAAAUGGAUAGUACUACGUCAGCAACGUUGUUUGGCUAUCGACACAAUUUCAUCGAGAACGAAGAACGGUUUUGGAAAACGGGCCAAAUGGAGGGCACAAUAAUACGGCUGAACAAAGAUUGCGAAGGGUUCCCGUACAGCCGAACAGUUUACGCAGAUAAUCCACUGGAAGAAAAAAUUGUUCAAUCCGUCCCUGGAAAACCCUUUGCUGUAAAUAGUGCUUUUGCGAAACAUUUCAACAGCAAACAGCAAAUCGAUUUUCUCGAAAACCUUUUUCCUUCCACGCACGGUUUUCACUACAAGAACGAACGCUAUCCCGAUCAAUCGAUCUACUUAACGGUGUACGAUCGACGCAAUCUGAAGGUGGCAGAUUAUGUGCGAACGUAUAAUGGCGAUCAUCACCUAACCACGUACAAGUAUGAUGCAAAUGAUCGAUUAGUUCUGCAGCUACCUCCUGCGUACCACGAGCAGGCGAAUACCUUUUCCAGUACAAGCCCCUUUUUUGUAGAAACGUACUCGUCCGAACAGAACGAAUUGCAACGUUCCUGGGGCACAUGGUACGAAUACGAUCGUCAAAGUGGAUUGAUGACGGUCAAAAAAACGCCUGAUGCGGGAACCACCAAGUACCUGUACACACCGGAGGGCAUGCUGCGAUUCGUCGUGCAACAGAACAGUAGUAACGUCAUGUACUACACCUACAGCUCCGUGGGAAAAUUAAACCAAAGAGGAAUUGUCGAACUAGACGUGAAAGAUCUUACGACAUAUCUGUCGAACGAUUCGCCAUUGCCUGUUUCUUCCAAUUUCUUUCUUCUCAAUCACGGGCACAAGGACGUGGCUCCGCUACAUCGGCACAGGGUGGAAAGUGUCAGAAAGAUAUCCGACAGCCAUAUACUCUCCGAUUUGUUGUUCUUUGAUCAUCAAGGGCAGCUUACCACAAGCGCAUUAUAUUCGACCGGUAAUGUCUCGCUGACCAUUAAUUACAAGUACAGGAAAAAUCUUUUACACGAGAUUGAAUAUCCGGCUACAGUAAAGGGGAAACAUUUUCGUCUACAAUACGACUAUGAUCACCGUGGAAAAUUGACCGGCAUCUCGAACGCUGCCACUGGAGAAAAGUUCGUUACGAUUGAAAAUAAUAGCAUGGGCCAGCCCAGACGAAUGCUCAUUCAACCUAAAUCUCCACAUGCAUAUCAACGUACUUUUCAAUACAAUCAGCCAGGGUACUUGACGAAGAUAGAAGACCCGUAUCUGUCUGAAAUGAUUGACUACAUCGGUUCAGGGUAUAGUGGACGUCCGAUCGGUGAUGGUACAGUGCAGGCAACUCGUUUCAAUGCAACGUGGCAGGCAAAUAGUGCAUCAACACACCUCAAACUGAAACCUUCACACCUAGGGAAAGGACGCAGGUCAAAGCUUUGCUACGACGCACUAGUAUCUGCAGGAUAUCUAGAUUCACAAGGAAGACCAUUGAAAAGUUUCUACCCCUUGCUUGAGCUCCAGCUACCCAUUGUGUGCCGAUUAGGGACGUACGGUAAUCAGAUUGCUGCAAUUUUAACUGAUCGAGGAUUCCCACAAAUUUACGGCCACCGAUACGAUUACGGAAACCAUCGGCAGCUGAUUCGUGCCAAAUACUUUCAAAGCAGUGCCGAAGAGAAGUUCAACCCAUUACGAAAAGAAACAUUUGCCGAAAUUGAAGGUAUAACUGUGGACAGUUCAGAAGACAUUUGGGAGAAGCUCAGGGAAUCUGGAUACUUGCACAGUGACUGUAGUACUAGCAGUGAAAUGGAUUGCCAUGGUUUACCAGGAAAGUCCCUCUUCCAGCCGGUUAUUGCUAAUCACCCGAACGCGAUAACACUAAGCAGCUUACUGGUACGGGUCAUCACACAGCGUAAGAACCUUACCAAGGCCCUAUUUGAUCAACUGUGUGCCGGGUGGUAUAAGGACGAUACUUCGGAAGCUAUUACCAACAUAUGCAACUCAACCUGGACGAUGCUUUCUGACGCAGGUUUCAUUGGACCAAAGUCAAACUUUGGCAUGGCUGCAGUGAGUCAAGAAUUGCGUGAAAUGUUAAGCGAAUAUGCGCCACAUUUGCCAGCAAUUAUCGGUGUACUGUACGACAAGUUUGCCACCGCAUUGGGCUACAGCUCGGCUGAUGUUCAGUCAUAUGCGAUCGAUGCGAAUGGAAAUCAUCGACAUUUUUAUACCGGGUUUCGGCGAUACCGACUGCAAUAUGUGAAAAAUACGAACAAAAUAGCUUUCGUCUAUCGGACCAACUUUACUGCUCAGUCGGGUCUCGAAGAAGUACGCUUUCCAGUAGAGCACAACGAGGAUGGCAGUGUCACUCGUGCCUUGCACAAAGGAAUCGAACGUAUCGUGUACGAUCCACUCUCUAAUCGGGCAACGGAAAUUACGCUAAACGAUGGAAGGCAGCUAAAAUUUGAUUACAACGUUCGAGGGCAUCGUCUGUACAAGCAUGUGUACGACCGUAGUGGAAAGUUGAUCAGAAAGAAGUACUACAUCCGUGAUCUUCACGGGAAACCACUGGUCGAAUACGAUGCGGUCUAUAGAGGUAACGAAGCCGAAAGCGACACACCGUCCAACGUGCGAUCAACGGUGUUCCUUUACGCCGGCGAUCGAUUGAUAGGAUUUAUGCGGAAUAAUCAAUUCUAUAGCGUUGCACUUGAUCACGAAGGAUCGGUGAGGUUGGUUGUAAAAAAUGGCGAAAUUGUAGCCGGAUACGACUAUCUACCGUAUGGAGAGUUGCUGCGAUCGUACGGCGUGGAUCCCGACGGUGGCCUCGACUAUCGCUUUACAGGCAAGGAAUGGGAUGAAGAAACGAAUCUAUACGAUUUCCACGCACGAUUAUAUGAUCCCGAACUUGGACGGUUUCUACAGAUGGAUCCAAAGGAGCAGUACGCUAGUCCAUACCUGUACGCCGGCAACUCUCCCGUGUCUUUGGUUGAUCCCGAUGGUCAGUUCGCUUUCCUGGUUGUGGCCUUGGUAGCAGUGGGAGCAUACGUUGGAGCGUCGGCAGCAAACAACUCUUGGAACCCUGCCAAAUGGGAGCUGAAGAAGGCAUUACUUGGUGGACUGAUCGGUGGUGUGAUCGGCGGCUUUGCACCUGUAGGUAUCACUGGAUCGGUUGCCUUUCUUUCCGGCUACAUCGGAACUGCAGCGGCAAUCGGUGUAGUAGCAACGACCUCCGUCGGCUUUGCCUACGUUAGUUUAGCAUCCGCGAACAAAAGUUGGGACCCGAGCAAGUGGGACUGGACCCAACCGGGCACAUGGAAUGCUCUGUUCAUCGGUGCACUUUCUGGAGCCACGCUUUUCAAUGCUAUCGGAGGUAUCCAUAAAGCGUUCAUUGGAUACACUGGCCUAUCGCGCACUGCGUUCGUUAUCGUGACCAGCGGAACGACUGGUGGAUUUCUGCUUUACUCCGGUAGCAAAGCUAACGAUGGAAGCUUCCGAUUUUGGGAAUGGGACUGGAGCAACCCUGCAACAGUGUGGGGUGCAAUCGAGGGCGCCGCCUUCGGUUUAUCACUAUCGCCAAAGCUUAACUCAGUUACCCAGCAAGUGGCUGGUCGUAUGGAAAAAUUUAAAGAGAUUGGAAAGGCUAUGAAAGUGAACGACUUUAAAGCAGUCGGCACACUGCUGAAGGAGGAACUGAAGGCCUGGCAGCAGGUGUACAAGAAUGCUAUCAACAGCGACACGAUACAAGACGCAAUUGCGGCCGGGAAAGCAGCGGGACGACCAGGUGGCACCAUUUUGUUGGAUCAUAUUCCCCAGGGGCCAAUGAAGUUGAUCGAUGAAAUUUUAACUAUAGAAAAGCUGUUUUUAAAUUUACAGAAGAAAAAGGAAAAACGAGCCAUUGCUUAUAAUAAUUCUACACUUUCUUUACUCCGAUUGGAAACGAUGAAGAAUCAGACAAGUUUGAGACAGCUAGAAUAUUUAAACGAUUACCCACAAGAUAAGCUUUUCGUAGUGUCAAGCACAAACAAAAUCUCCCAUUGGAUAAACAGAAUCAUUGAACGCAUUUUCAAUAACAUUACCGAAGACGGAACCAAGCAAGACGAUGCUCAAAGCACGAUCACUCCAUUUACAGCUCGUGGAAAGAUACCUCGAAAAAGCUUCCAAGUAUCCAACUGUUUCCAUACAUUCUCUGAAGAUAAGCUAAACGGAAUCAUAUGCUACGAGAAGUUCGGACUUUCCUACGUGUUCCCUCAUGACAUUAACAAUGUUAUUAGUACGACCGAGGAUAACUACUCUUUAUGCCAACCGAUAGAAUAUGAGGGACUGCCUUCAACCACCUGUGCAGGUAGUCAAAGUUCUUACGUUUUUAUACCAUACAGUCGAUCUAUAAACUAUCUCGACCUUCUGAACGGAUCUCUUACGUUGCUUCUCGUAGCCCCAGCUAUUACGAAACAAGUCACUUCGUUUAUCGGCAAAAUAUUAUUUAAGAAGCCAAUCCAGCGUCAGCAACUGGUUUCAAAACGAGAGCAGCAGAGUAUAAGUAGAAUGUUGAAUGAGUUGCAUCAAACAGUGAAAGAAUACAGGCAAUUUGCUGACGAUCUAAAUUGUUGCAAUUGGUUGGAAAAUGUGUUUCAAGAUAUCGAAGAUGAUGCUAAAAUGUUUCUAUCCGUCGCAAACCCGACGAGUAACAUGUAUUACCAGUUAAUUGAUCGUAUCCAAGCUCUUAAUGAUGAAAUAGAAGAAAGCACCCAAAUUAUGAGCUAUCACGGCUCCACUAACAAGUCGAGUUUAUGGAAUAUUGUAGAUUUGAAAAAUGAAGGAUUUCAAUUGCAUUCAUCAGAAACUUUACCUGAGCAUUUCAUUAGUUUGGCUUCCGCAAGUGUAAAUACUGCAGAUAAAAGAAUCAUUUAA